GGAUAGGAUAGGAUAGGAUAGGAUAGGAAGGACGGAGGAGGGGAGGUAUUGUUACAUUUUGUGGCGUUGGGUGAGAUGAGAUGAGAUGAGAUUGUGUGUCGCAUUAUUGUUAUGGUUUGGUUGUUGCAUUGCAUUGGAUCUGGAACUCUUGCUUCGUGUGUUGGUCUGGUCUGUGGGAUUAUUACUGUAUUGAGCUCCAACAGUAGGUAGUGCUACGAAUAUUGAGUGCUGCGAAUAUUGAGUUUGCUCUUGGACCAACAGCCUCAGAUCUUCGGUGGCGGUAAGCCACCUGAUGAACCUGAACCUGCAUCCUACGGCCUACCUUAGGUACGGAUAAAUUCCAUACAGUACCGCCGCCGUCGACGGUUAAGGCGCAACGUCUCCCUUCACGGGAUUUGGUUUAGAUGUGUGUGUGUGAAUGAUUGAUUGCAUUCCCUAUCUGUUGGGUGGGAAUUUUUGGGAAAUGAUCCGUAUCCAUCAGUCCCUUUACUUUACUGUAUGCGGUCGAUGCUCGAUAACCCAACUGAUAUGAACUGAAUCGUACCAAUCCCAUGGGCCCCGCUCCAUCGCCCAUCCCCAUCGCCCCUCGACAAAGUCCGUCCGUGCCCAAGAAAUCCAACAGUUGCAAAAACCCAUUCCAUCGAAUCAAGUGCCCGACUCUUAUCUCAGUUCCCCUACACGACAGACGUUUUACUGUCAAACCAUUUUUCCAGAACCCAUGUCCAGACCUGGGGAAGGGAAGCGAAGCGAGGCUCAUCGAAUGGGUUCAGUAGUACUGCGUGCAGGUGGCGUGCCCAGCGGCGGCCGAGUUGAGUUUGGACCCUGGAAUCCUGGUGGUCCCUCUGGUCCGGAGAUGACAGCCCUUUAGCUCGAAUAGGAAGGAGACUUGUGUCGCAAACACCGAAGCUUUGGGCUAAGACUCGAUGCCAACACUGCCAACCCAAUUAGAGGCUUUGCCUGUUGCUUGUGUGGAUAGUCGCGGGCACUUUCUCGAUGGGGUCUGUCUGUCUGUCUGUGAUCGACGGUAUGGUGCAAGAUAGGUAAAUGGGUGCUGGCCGAGGCAAACCCCUGGAGGAAGGAGGAAGGAGGAAUUGUUGCUAUCUUCAUAUGGAAGGUGGGUGGGUGUGUGUGUGUUUCAAUGUCGUGCCUGCUGGGGGAGAAAGUCUCGUGGUGGUUGAGUUGAGUUGAGUUGAGUCGAGUCGAGUCGAGUCCUAUCUAACCAUGGUCCCCCCUCUCCAGCUGGCUGCGUUUGUAACCACUUUGACAUUCCUGUCUUGACGUUCAGCAGAAGUGCUCAACUGAAUUCACCAUGGGUAUGUGAAGCCCCCAUCUUGACCUUCGGUAUGGUUUUGAAUCAAUUCUAACAAAUUUUCUUCCAGCGGAGGCAAAGACAGCAGACGCUCAAUUCAUCAUUGGUGCAGACAACCACCUGGCUAUCGACCAGCCCGGAGCAAUGGUUCACGCAGACACCAAGGCCGAGUCGGUCAAUGUUGCCUUGGAGGGCGAUUACGAGGGAAAGCCAACUCCCGAGGAACUUGGUACUCUCCGUCGAGUCGCUGGCAAGAUCCCUUACACCGCAUACGUUCUCUGCUUUGCAGAGUUCUGCGAACGUGGAUCCUACUAUUCUUCCGUCGGUGUCAUCUCCAACUUCGUCAACCGAAAGUUGCCAGCGGGCGGUAAUGGAUAUGGUGCGCCUCCAAAGGGAUCCCAAUCCACUGCUGGUGCGCUAGGACUCGGCACGGUGAAGGCCACUGCCGUCAGUCAAUCGUUCAAGAUGCUUGUAUACUGUCUCCCGGUCGUCUUUGGAUACAUCGCCGAUACAUAUACCGGAAGAUUCAAGCUCAUCUGCUACGGUGUUGCUGUCUUCGGUGUUGCUCACGCUCUCAUGAUUGCCUCUGGCGCCCCAUCACUGCUCCAAAACGGCCACUCUGCUGCUCCAUACCUGAUUUCUCUCUACGUGCUCGCCAUUGGCGCUGCUAUGUUCAAGCCCUGUGUUUCCCCAACCCUUCUCGAUCAAAUCGAAGAGACAAAGCCAACUAUCAAGACACUCAAGACCGGAGAGCGAGUUAUUGUCGACCCCGAAUCCACAACUGAGCGAGUUGUCCUUUGGUUCUACCUCCUCAUCAACGUUGGUGGUUUCUUGGGAGUUCCAGGAAGUUACCUGGCCAAGAACGUCGGAUGGAUGGCUACUUUCGCCUUGCCUAUGGGCAUUUACGUCCCCUUGCCAUUUGUCCUCUGGUACCUGCACAAGAGACUCAUCCUCUACCCACCAGGAGGAAGUGAUCUUUUCAACUGCUUCAAGGUCCUCGGUAUCUGCCUCAAGAGUAACUUCAAGCGUUUCGGUCGCCACGGAUUCUGGGAAGCUGCUAAGCCAUCCGUCAUGGCCGCGCAAGGAAAAUCCGUCACCGUCCCAUGGAACGACCAGUUUGUUGAGGACGUUCGCCGCACUUUCCAGGCCACAGGAAUGUUCUGUUUCUUCCCUAUCCAAUACAUCAACGACAAUGGUCUCGGUAUCUCAGCUGAUGCUCUGUCCACGAUGCUCCGAACUGAUGGUCAGCCAAACGAUCUUAUCAGCAACUUCAACUCCCUGUCCAUUAUCAUCAUGGCACCUGUAUUGAACUACCUCUUGUACCCAUACCUCCGCUCAAAGCACAUCCACUUCGGCCCUGUGGCUCGUAUCACUUUCGGUCUAUUCCUCUCCGCAGUCGGUGCCGUCGGUUACACGGUUCUGAACUACUACGCAUACAAGAUCGGACCCUGCGGCCACCACGGCUCCAGCGCCUCCUGCGUCGACGCCGACGGCAACUCCCUCGUCGCCAACAUCAGCAUCUGGUGGAUGGCGAUCCCCUACGCCCUGGGUGGCAUCUCCGAACUCUUCGUCAACGUCCCCGCCUACGGUCUAGCCUACUCUCGCGCCCCGAAAAAUAUGCGCUCCCUCGUGACAGCCCUGAACCUCUUCAGCACCGGAGUCGCCUACGCGCUCGGUCUCGCCUUUGCUGGUAUCAUCAAGGAUCCGUUCUUGACGUGGGAUCUGGGCGCGCCUGCGAUUAUUGGAUUCGUUGCGUCGGCCCUGUUCUAUUACUUGUUUAAGCAUAUUGAUGCCGAGGAGUAUGUCCUCAGCACGAAUGAUGAUUAUCAUCUUAGACAUCAGUCGGAUAGCUCGAUUGCGGGGACGGAGGUUAAUGAGAAGACGGCGGCGCAUAAUGAUACCACUAAGGUUGUUUAGAUGGGAGGUGUGGGGGUAGAGGGGUGGGGUGGAUGAUGAGAUGGCUGGGGUGGAUAGAUGGAUGGUGUAGAUUAAAAUAUAAUGUUGAAUGAGAUGUUUACUGAGUCUGUUUCCGUGAUCGACUCUUGUUUCAAGCAUGUCAUGGAAUUCUUCUCAACCUGCGACUUCCGCGACAAGACGAGACAUCUAUAUCUGCAUUUGCAACAACCCCUUCACCUCACCUCACCUCGCAUCGACUAAGCAGGUUCCGUCCCAUCCCAGCAGCCAGCUCCCAGCAAUAACCACCCACCCAUCAUCGGCUCAUUUUUUUUUUCGUCCCCGACCGACCAGGAUCGGAUAUUUUUAAUUAAGGUUCCCGAGAACAAAUCUAAAUCUAAAUCUAAAUUUCACAGUUUCUAGGCAAUUGAAGCUACGCUGCAAUAUGUACUCGGUAUCAAACACCCACCUACCCUUCGCAACGUAACGCAACGCAACGCAACGCAACGCAACGCAUCGGCUCGGCUCAGCUCGGCUCGGCUCGCUGGUAAGUUAAUAAUAUGGUAUUGCCACCUAGGAUAGGAUAGGAUAGGAUAGGAUAGGAUAGGAUAGGAUAGGAUAGGAUAGGAUUG